CAUAAGCAAGUUCCGCCCGAAUAACGAAACGCAAAUGCAUUGACGUCAAUUUUCCAAUAAUUUCCCAAAUUUCUACGAACAUUAUUCAUUCGAUAAUAAAGUUGGCAACCGUCCAUGACGCGAUCAUCUCGAAUGGAUCACCACGGAAAUUGUGGCUUGGAAUAUCGCUGAACCUGUAUUAUUAUAGUUCAUCGUCAGUGAGGAAUACAGGUUGCGAAGGAUAAACAGACUUUGAGGUUAUGUUGUGGUGAAAAUUCGUCACGAUCCUGUAGAACGUUGAAUCAAUGACUCCAGUCACAGGACAUAUCGCAGCUAAUAACCACAGUUCACGGUGAACGUCGACGCCGCUAAGUCCCUUAGUCUCAAAUGCUGCCAGGAAUCGGGUUAUUCGGUACGGGUCAUGUGGUUCGUGUCAUCGUCCCAUUCCUGCGGGAGAAGGGUUUUAAAAUCGAGGCAGUAUGGGGAAGAACUUUGUCGGAAGCGGCGGAAGUGGCAGACGCUCUGGACAUUCCGUUCCACACAAGUCGAAUCGACGAUGUGCUGCUGCGGAAGGACGUCGACCUGAUAUUCAUAAUGUGUUCGCCGAACCUGCACGCCCAAAUUGCUGUCAAGGCUCUGGGCAUCGGGAAGCAUGUCGUCUGUGACAAGCCCGCAGGACUAAGUCAGUACGAGGCGCUCAAGAUGGUACGUGCGGCCCAGUACUACCCCUCGUUGAUAAGCAUCGUCAACCACAGUCUCCGCUUCCUCCCUGCCUUUGUUAGGAUGAAGAAAUUCUUGGACGAAGGAUACCUCAGAGGACCGGUCACCGUAAUCGAUGUUCGAGUCCAAAUGGGCAGCCUGCUGCAUGACGGGUACGACUGGCUUUGCAACGACACGAUGGGUGGCGGGAUUUUGGCCCUCGUUGGGAGCCACGUUAUCGACCUGAUUUUCCACCUUGUCGGGCAGCGCGCUAUUAGGGUUCACGCUGUGGUCAGAACGUUCACAAGGACAACGAAAUUCAUCAAUGGAAUCAGGCAUAUUUCUUCACCCGACUUCUGCAGCUUCCAGCUCGAGCUCAGCGGCGGGGCACUGGUCACAGCCACCCUCAGCAAUCACUUGCCUGGACAGUUAAAUCAGGAAGUAUUGGUCUGCGGGGGUGGCGACCACCUAGUUGUACGCGGUGGGGAUUUGUAUGGGUUUAGAGAGGAGGGAAUGAACAAUGGGGGCAAAGAAGAGAUCCUCUAUCUUGAUGUCGAUGAUAUUAAAGAGCAGAGUCCUCCUGUCACCGACUCCAUUCCCCUGCCCUAUGUCAAAGGGUUGAGAAAGUUGAUAGGAGCUCUGCGGGAGGCAUUUCAGCCUGUCGAAGACAAAAAGGGCUGGAUAAAGGAACCUGUUUCCUCUGCAGCUACUUUUGACGACGGUCUAUAUGUUCAAGCUGUUAUCGAUGCUCUCAGGCAAAGCAAUAGAAGGAGGGAAUGGAUUAAGGUCUGCGUUCUAACCGAGGAACCGGAUCCUAAUCCACUUCUCAGCGCAGCUGUUAGGGCUACGGCGAUCUCAAUAUAAUUAUUUUUUUUCUCUAACUGCUUAAUCAAAUUUUCUUAUUAUUUAUAACAUAUAUUCUUCAUGACUAAUUCACAACGUUGUAUUUUUUUUAUUUUUUAUCGAUUUUUUAGAGAUGGUAUUAGCUAGUAUUAUUGCAUAGUUAAUGUGUCGUUUUAGUUACAUUAUUUUUAACAUUAAACAGUAUUAACAUUUUUCAACUGUAGGAGAUGUACGAAUCUUAUUACUGAAGAUAGUUUCAAGGCAGCUCGGGUGAAUAAAUUAUUAUUGUGUUGAAGUUAAUAAUAUUACUGUAUAAUGAUGCAUGUUAAGGAACUCCGUUAUUUUGCAAAUUUAUAAUUCUCACAAAUUCAGUAAACUCAUAAUGAAGCAAGAUUUGCUCAUAUUUUGAAAAUUUAGCUUGUUGUGAUGUCAUUCUUUCAUUCUGAAAUUAGAAAAUAGUGAAUCUUUUUCCAAUGGUGCGUCACGAUAACAUUACUAACUACAACCUUGUAAUUUAUUUUACGUGUACUAUAAAGUUAGUGGUUACAUUUUAUAAAUUUCUUUUUUUCUCUUUAUUUUACAAUUUACUUAGGAUAAAAAUUCUAGUUAUAAUUCUCACAAAGUACCGUUACAUAUUAAGAACAAUCGCAAAUAGUUUUAUCUUGGCUAACAAACUCCCAAGGACACUAUUACUGUGCAAUUUAUAAGACUAACUUUCAGUUUUAUUCAAUAUUUUUGAAUAUAUAUGAUAGAAAUUUAUAAUUAACAUUUUGUUGAUUAUUGAUUAGAAUCCCAUUAAAACUUUAUAUUAUUUUUUUUCACAUCAUGCGUAUGUUAAAUUUUCAUCGAAUUUUUAACGCACGAUGAUGAAAAUACUACGGAAUUAUUCUUUGUUACAAACCUCGAUCAAAUAUUAUUGUAUUAUUCUAUUUCUGUACAAAAUACAAUUUUCAGUGAUCAGUAUUUCGAUUAUUUUUCACCUCAAAGUUUUGAAAUAUUAUUGAACAAUGA